AUGGUGGACAGAAAUAUGAAACAGGAACGAGCCAGAGUCUUUGGAAAUCAACGACAGGUAGUAGAGGAGGAGUCAGAGUGUGAAGAAGAAGACGCGUUCACACCCCUCCAGGUCGCGGCUUCAGAGGGCAAUCUCAAUCUCGUUUCAGAGCUACUGAAGCAAGACGUUGAUCCCAACGAGCGACCCAGAGGGUGGUAUGGCAAAACCGCUCUCCAAGCAGCUGCUUUAUACGGACAUUUCGCAGUUGUAGACGCACUGAUUGCCGGCGGCGCGGACAUAGACGCCCCAGGUGGUAAUAAUGGCGGAAGAAAUGCACUGGUCCUCGCUGCUGCUUCAGGCCACCUCCAGAUUGUAGAGCGACUGAUUGCAGCAGGCGCAGACGUCACACUACCAGCUACUCGCUAUAGAGGACGAACAUCCCUCCAAGCUGCUGCCGAAGGAGGAAAUUUGCCGAUCGUUGAGAGGCUGCUAGAUGAAGGAACUGAGGUCAACGCGGCGCCUGCUCACAACUACGGCCGGACAGCACUUCAAGCAGCAGUGGAACAGCAACAUAUGAGCAUCGUAGAGCUGCUUCUCGAGAGAGGAGCGGAAGUCAACCAGUCUAUCAGGAGGUAUAAGGGAAUGACGGCUCUGCAAGCAGCUGCGUCGGUAGGCAAUUUGGAUCUGAUUAAGCUGCUUAUCGAUCACGGCGCCGCUGUGAAUGCGAUGGGAAGUUACUAUGAUGGCUAUACGGCGUUAUCUGCGGCUGCUGGAGCUGGACAUCUCGAUGCGGUCAAGGUAUUGCUGGAGAACGGUGCGGAUAUUACUGCGACGUCUGGAAAUAAACAUUUGACGGCCAUGCAAUGCGCAAGGUUGAAGGGACAGAAGGAGGUGAUCAAGUUGCUAACAGAAGCGCAGCAAUUAAGGGAUAUCCGAAAGAAGAAUGAUCACUCGUGA